AUGCCUGUCCCCAGGGUGCUGUGCGUGGCAGAAAAGCCUGCCAUCGCCAAAGCUGUGGCCCAGCACUUGUCCGGAGGGUCCUUCCGAACAAUAGCCAUCCAGGGGAACCAAUACGUGAAGAAUUAUGUAUUUGAGUUCAAUUUCGGCGCGCCUUGGGGCUAUUGCUCCGUAACCAUGACCAGCGUCAUCGGACACUUGACGAGUCUGGAUUUCGAGCGUCAGUACAAAGCCUGGCUGUCGUGUCCACCGGCGGCGCUGUUUGAGGCUCCAGUACUCGAGACUGUGGACCAUGAUAAAGUAGCCAUUGCAGCGAACAUCCAAGAGCAGGCCCAAGGAAGCAAGGCCCUUUUUAUCUGGACCGAUUGCGAUCGAGAGGGUGAGCAUAUUGGGACGGAAAUCCGCAAACAGGCCAAGGAAGGGAACCCGCGAAUUCUCGUCAAACGAGCGAGAUUCAGCAAUACGGAGAAGGCCCAUGUUCUUAGUGCUGCUCGAGCACUCAUCGAACUCGAUGACCUCCAGGCAAACGCGGUAGCAGCGAGAAUCGAGCUCGAUCUUCGCAUUGGUGCUGCGUUCACACGCUUGCAAACCCUGCAACUGAAGCCUCUUUCUGCAGCUCUGAAGGAUACCGUCAUAAGUUAUGGGUCCUGUCAAUUUCCAACCCUCGGCUUCGUGGUCGACCGCUACCUUCGAGUAAAGAACUUCAAACCUGAGUCUUUCUGGGGCAUCAAAGUCAUGCAUUCGCGAGAAGACAUCAAAGUCAACUUCCUGUGGAAGCGCGUCCAUCUCUUCGACAGAGCUGUUGUGACGGUGAUGUUGGAGCGGUGCUUGAAGGCAAAAAAGGCCAAAGUUACCAAGGUCAAUCAAAAGCCAACGAGCAAGUGGAGGCCUCUGCCAUUGACUACUGUCGAUCUGCAAAUGAUGGGUAGUAGAUUCCUACGCAUGGACAGUCAAACAAUCAUGAAGGUCGCAGAAGGCCUCUACACGAAGGGCUUCAUCAGCUACCCCCGUACCGAAACAGACCAGUUCGACAAGGCAAUCGACCUGAAGAAACUGGUCGAGAAACAACUCCCCGACGGAAACUGGGGCCAAUACGCUCGAAAUCUCCUCGAUGGCGCAUUUCGAACGCCCCGCGCAGGCCGACACAAUGACCAAGCCCAUCCGCCCAUCCACCCCAUCUGCUGGGUCGCGCCCACUGCCCUAACCGCCGACGAGAAGAAAGUCUACGAAUUCGUCGUGCGCCGCUUCCUCGCAUGCUGCUCCGAGGACGCAAAAGGUCAAACCAGCGAAGUCGAGAUCCAAUACGGCGACGAAUUCUUCCACGCCAAGGGCCUCCUCGUGCUGGAACGAAACUACCUCGACGUCUACGUCUACGACAAGUGGGAGAGCAGCCAACAACUACCCAAUUUCCAGAUGGGAGAGCUCUUCGAACCCACCGAAGCUAAGAUCUUCGACGGCAAAACAUCACCCCCGAACUACCUCACGGAACCAGAACUGAUCGGGCUCAUGGAUGCUAAUGGAAUCGGCACGGACGCGACCAUGGCCGAACAUAUUGCCAAGAUUAAGGAGCGGCAGUAUGUUGCUGUUCAUUCGCGCGGAAGCGGUCGAAAUGCGACGAAGGAGCUGAUCCCGACUCGGCUGGGGAUUGCGUUAGUCGAAGGGUAUGACAAUGUCUUUGCGGGUAUGCCUGAUAGCCCGUCCUUGAGUAAGCCGUUCCUCCGUAAGGAGAUGGAGCUCCGUAUGCGUGAGAUCUGUGCUGGGUCUAGGACUCGGCAUCAGGUUGUGCAGGAGGGUCUGGAUAUGUACCGGGAGGUUUUUGUACAUACGCAGCGGAGGAUCAAUAUGUUGAAGGAAGCGUGUCGGAAGUAUCUGAAUGAAUCCGCGGCUUAGGAAGGGAUUAUGUUUGGAGUUGUGUUUGUGUUGGCUGGAUAUGAUAUGAUUUGAUACCCUUCAU